GCUGCAGAGUGUUUACCAUCUGAGCUCAGAACUAGAGCUGCACGUACUCGAACCACAGCCGAAGGAGGAAGUUCGCGGUAGAAAACAGAAAUUUAUUUGCCCGUUUUUACGAUUACGUUAAUAAAAGCGUUCGCAACAGCUGUAGAAACUCUCUGUAUCCCUAUUCCGAUUCCCAGGAGCAGCUCAUGCAAAAACUUCAUGAUGAAAACUGAGGUCUCUACUGCUGCUAACUUUGUCACACGUCUGUUGAGGGGAACGGGACUGCUUUCAGAAGAACAGCUGCAACAAUUCAGAUUCUCUUUGGAAGAAGCUUUAGGGGAUCAUUAUCGGCACCAUUGGUUCCCAAACGCACCUUGCCGAGGUUCGGGUUACAGGUGCAUCCGGAUCAACCACAAGAUGGACCCUCUGAUAGGCAAAGCAGCCUGUACGAUUGGACUCACAAAAGAGCGACUCUUUUCACUGCUACCUAGUGAACUCACCAUGUGGGUCGACCCAUAUGAAGUGUCCUACCGGAUUGGAGAGGAUGGGUCCAUAUGCGUCCUCUAUGAGUCCACACCUCCGUCUGACACAAAUCAGACGGACAGCUGCAAAGACGAACUGAGAAUCGGACAGCCGAGUCCGUCCAAAUCCUUCGGCAUGAUGACUUGCUCCAGCUGAAGAAUGAUGCUGUCUAAUGAGCUGCUUUGAGUAAAUCAGACAUUGCUCACAUUUGAUUUCUUUUUAAAUCUUGUUGUUUUUUUUAGACAGAUUUUUUUUUUAAAUCAAUGGUGAAAUCUUCAUCCUAUUGACCUCAUGGUGAAAACAGAUGUAUUUUGAUUAAAUGUAAGUUUUAAGCUCCCUGUACAGUCAUGUUUAAUAUGUUUUUUUUUUUUUUUUAAAUUUCUAUUAAAAGGUUUUCUAUGAAUUUCUAUAAAAA